AUAUACCUCCAUAGUCGCCCUUUUUAUUGGCAAACCUCCCUCCAUCAUCCUCCCCUUGUCUGCCUCCUCAGGGAGCCCCUUUUCUCUUCAUUCUUCUUCCCCCCUUCAGACUCUACAGUCCAUACACAGUCUCAGUCUUCAUAUAUCCUUCUCUUUCUCUUCACUCUGAUCGACCCAUGAUGAAACCAGAGGAGAUAAGCCUGCGGAGAAGCAGCAGCAGCUGCAGAAGCACCCGAAGGAUUCUUCCGUCGAACUAUAUAAGAUCGACAUCAUCACUUUUACCAGACAGAGGCGACGUUCCCGAGAAGCAUCUAUUGAGAAACAACUCGGCCUUCAGCCUUCAAAGACUCAACAAAGCCCGAAACAUGGUGGCCAUCAUCCGCUCACUUCUCGGCGUGAUCUCUCUCUCCACCUUAAUUCCCACAUGCCGGUGGCUCAGCUUGCCUUCCCGUCUUUCGUCGUCACCGUCGUUAGGCCGCAAAGUCACCGGGACUCUCUUCGGCCACAAGAAGGGCCAUGUCAGCUUCGCAGUGCAAGAGGACCCACGAUCUGAACCGGUUCUACUACUAGAGUUACCGACCUCGACGUGCUCUCUGGUGAAGGAGAUGUCCUCCGGGUUGGUCCGGAUCGCGCUUGAGUGUGAGAAGGGGUCGGCCGGCGGUGGUCGGUCGGGGAAGCUGUUCCAGGAACCGGUGUGGGCCAUGUACUGUAAUGGUCGGAAGUGUGGCUACUCGGUGUCCCGCACCUGCGGGGACUCUGAUUGGCAGGUGCUUAGUACGGUUCAGACUGUUUCUGUCGGUGCCGGUGUAAUUCCGGAGGAGAAGUGCGAAAGCAAUAACGCAGCAGAAGGGGAGCUUAUGUACAUGAGAGCAAGGUUUGAACGAGUCGUGGGUAGCCGUGACUCGGAAGCUUUUUAUAUGAUGAACCCGGACGGUAAUGGCGGACCGGAACUAAGUAUCUUCCUGCUUAGAAUUUGAGACGCGUGUGAACUUUCGACUCUGAUCAUAGCAAGCUUUACAUGAUUGUUUUGUAAUACUUUUGUAACUUAUAAUUGCAAUCGCCUAUCUUCUGCUUUGAAA